CAGUAAGACGGCUCAGCAGGUAGAGGUGUUUACUCUGAAAGCUGACCACACGGCCACACGGCGCGUUCUCAGGAACCCAGCCCUCGCAGGUGCGAUGACGCAGCAGCCCCAGGAGGACUUUGAGAGGAGCGUGGAGGAUGCCCAGGCCUGGAUGAAGGUGAUACAGGAGCAGCUUCAGGUCAAUGACAACACGAAGGGGCCCCGAGCGGCCCUGGAGGCGAGGCUUCGAGAGACAGAGAAAAUCUGCCAGCUGGAGUCUGAAGGAUUCGUGAAGGUGGAACUGGUCCUGCGGGCGGCGGAGGCCCUCUUGGCAACUUGCCAGGAGGGCCAGAAACCUGAGAUCCUGGCCCGGCUGAGGGAUAUCAAGUCUCAGUGGGAGGAGACGGUCACCUACAUGACCCACUGCCACAGUCGCAUCGAGUGGGUGUGGCUGCACUGGAGCGAGUACCUGCUGGCCCAGGAUGAGUUUUACCGCUGGUUCCAGAAGAUGGUGGUCGCACUGGAGCCCCCCGUGGAGCUGCAGCUGGGCCUGAAGGAGAAGCAAUGGCAGCUGAGCCACGCCCAGGUGCUGCUGCACAACGUGGACAAUCAGGCUGUGCUCCUGGACAGGCUGCUGGAGGAGGCGGGCUCCCUGUUCAGCAGGAUCGGAGACCCCAGCGUGGAUGAAGAUGCCCAGAAGAGGAUGAAGGCUGAGUACGAUGCUGUGAAGGCCAGAGCCCAGCACAGGGUGGACCUCCUGGCCCAGGUGGCCCAGGACCAUGAACAGUACCGGGAGGACGUGAAUGAGUUCCAGCUGUGGCUGAAGGCGGUGGUGGAGAAGGUGCACAGCUGUCUGGGGCGGAACUGCAAGAUGGCCACAGAACUUCGCCUUUCUACGCUGCAGGACAUCGCCAAGGAUUUCCCUAGGGGUGAGGAGUCCCUGAAAAGAUUGGAGGAACAGGCUGUGGGUGUCAUUCGAAACACCUCUCCCUUGGGUGCAGAGAAGAUCUCAGGGGAGCUGGAGGAGAUGCGGGGUGUCCUCGAGAAGCUGAGAGUCCUCUGGAAAGAGGAGGAAGGGAGGCUGUGGGGCCUGCUCCAGUCCAGGGGGGACUGUGAGCAGCAGAUCCAACAGCUGGAGGCAGAACUGGAAGAGUUGAAGAAAAGCCUUCAGAGGCUGGCCCAGGAGGGCUUGGAGACCACGGUGAAGACAGCCACAGAGGAUGAGCUGCUGGCCCAGUGGAGGCUGUUCUCGGGGACUCGGGCUGCACUGGCUUCAGAGGAACCCCGUGUAGACCGGUUACAAACUCAACUGAAGAAACUUGUCACCUUCCCGGACCUGCAGUCACUCUCUGACAGCGUGGUAGCCACCAUUCGGGAAUACCAAAGUAUGAAGGGGAAGAAUACCAGGCUCCACAAUGCGACCCGGGCAGAGCUGUGGCAGCGUUUCCAGCGGCCCCUAAAUGACCUGCAGCUGUGGAAGGCCCUGGCCCAGAGGCUCCUGGACAUCACGGCCAGCCUGCCCGACCUGGCCUCCAUUCACACCUUUCUACCCCAGAUUGAGGCAGCCCUCACGGAAAGCUCCCGCCUGAAAGAGCAGCUGGCGAUGCUGCAGUUGAAGACCGACCUGCUGGGCAGCAUCUUUGGCCAGGAGAGAGCAGCCACCCUCCUGGAGCAGGUGACAAGUUCUGUGAGGGACAGAGACCUACUGCAUAACAGCCUUCUUCAGCGGAAGAGCAAACUUCAGAGCCUGCUUGUUCAGCACAAGGACUUUGGGGUGGCUUUUGAUCCCCUAAACAGGAAGCUCCUAGACCUCCAGGCCAGGAUCCAAGCAGAGAAAGGGCUUCCUCGGGACCUUCCUGGAAAACAGGUCCAGCUGCUAAGGUUGCAGGGGCUGCAGGAGGAGGGGCUGGACCUGGGGACACAGAUCGAGGUUGUGAGGCCUCUUGCCCACGGGAACUCUAAGCACCAGCAGAAAGUAGACCAGAUCUCCUGUGACCAGCAAGCCCUGCAGAGGUCCCUGGAGGAUUUCGUGGACAGGUGUCAGCAGAACGUACGGGAACAUUGUACCUUCAGUCACAGGCUGUCGGAGCUGCAGGUAUGGAUCACCAUGGCCACACAGACGUUGGAGUCACACCAAGGGGAUGUGCGUCUGUGGGAUGCUGAGUCCCAAGAGGCUGGACUCGAGACGCUGCUGUCUGAAAUCCCAGAGAAAGAGGUCCAGGUGUCCCUGCUCCAAGCACUGGGCCAGCUUGUGAUGAAGAAGUCUUCCCCAGAGGGGGCAGCCAUGGUCCAGGAGGAGCUGAGGAAGCUGAUGGAGUCUUGGCAGGCCCUGCGGCUGCUAGAGGAGAACAUGCUGAGUCUCAUGAGAAACCAGCAGCUGCAGAGGACAGAGGUGGACACGGGAAAGAAGCAGGUUUUCACCAACAACAUCCCGAAGGCCGGCUUUCUCAUCAACCCUCAGGACCCCAUUCCCAGGAGACGGCACAGGGCAAACCCACUGGAAGGACACGACCUCCCUGAAGAUCAUCCCCAGCUCCUGAGGGACUUUGAACAGUGGCUGCAGGCAGAAAACUCCAAGCUACAUAGAAUCAUCACAAUGAGAGCGGCCACAGCCAAGGACUUGAGGACCAGAGAGGUGAAGCUGCAGGAGCUGGAAGCCCGAAUCCCAGAAGGCCAGCACCUCUUUGAGAACCUGCUUCGUCUUGGGCCGGCAAGGGACCCCUCCAACGAGCUGGAAGAUCUGCGCUACCAGUGGAUGCUGUAUAAGUCCAAGCUCAAGGACUCUGGCCACCUGCUGACUGAGAGUUCUCCGGGGGAGCUGACUGCAUUCCAGAAGAGUCGGAGGCAGAAGCGGUGGCGGAGUCCCUGCUCUCUCCUACAGAAAGCGUGCCGCGUGGCGCUGCCAUUGCAGCUGUUGCUCCUGCUCUUUCUGCUGCUGCUGUUCCUGCUGCCAGCCGGCGAGGAGGAGCGCAGCUGCGCCCUGGCCAACAACUUCGCCCGCUCCUUUGCGCUCAUGCUUCGGUACAAUGGCCCCCCGCCCACCUAGCCCACUGGGCGCACAGGUGACCUUCUGCAGUUCCUCAGAGGCUGGCUGCUGGGGACCCAGUAGCCGAUCAGACACCCAGAGCAGCCUUAGACCAAAUGCUGCCUCUGUUCCCAGAACAAACUUGCCUUUUUCUACGAUGCUGCUUCUGUCUAUUUAUACUAAAAUGUGUACUGUGUGUGGUUAGGGAAUAUGUACAGAAUUUUUAUAUGCCAUGUCCGUACAUGCUCAGUGUAGAUAACUUCAGAUACAAUGUCUCUUUGUGCUUAUGGAAGCCCAAGACAGUGGGUUUCUCUAGUGGGAUUUGUAGCACUUGUGCCUUAGCCUCCUGGCAUCCCUGGGGGACAGAAAAAAAAAAAUCACACGUUACUUUGAUGACAGCCUGUUAACCAGAAAUCCAGAUGUUGCUGAAGAAGCCUCUGAGUGGUUACCAUAGCCACACAGAAUUGGAGUCCUGGGACUUGAGUAUUUGGCUAGUUUUAAAGUCGCACAGACUUGGGCCGUGGGCUAGAUAAAGAGAAGCCGUGAUGGCAGGCCACUGGCUUAGCCAGAGCAGUGAGACAGGAUGCGUGCCAGAGGGAUGCCAAGAGAGCAACAGAAGAGCUGUAAAGAUGAAGCCCAGUGGAGCACCACAAAAUGGUGGUGCGGAGCACCCAACCCUGCACAGCAGCCACUGAUAAUACAGACCAUGGAGGAAUGCCCGUGACUGUGACCGUGACCAUGACUGCGACCCCACGUCUUCAGAAGUGGCUGGGUUUUAUUUGCAUGUUUUCUCCAGGAAAGAGAAAAAGAUGAACUUGACUUUUUAUUCUCAUGCACAAGGGUGAAGUGGCCUGUGUCAGUCCUGGGAGGCCCGUGCCACUGUACACAGCUGUUGAGCUGUCUGCAGCCUAGGGCAUGAGCUGAGAGCAGAGUGGAAAUGCUUGCCCACCAGGCCAGGAGAGUCUACGUUAAGCAGAGAGGAGAAACUCAGGCCAUCUGAAGGGGCCUCUCUUCCCUUCCAAGAAGGAACUGUGCAGGCUGGUGGGUCUACAAGGCUGGGUAGGUCCCACAUCCCCCCAUGGGCCUAUGGCUCACAGUCUGACCCCAGGCAGGAGCAGGCAAAGGCAGCUCCAGGCACAGGUGGGAGGCAUCUGGGUGAUUCCAGGUUAUGCCCAAGACUGGACACAUAGCCAGGGAAUUCUGGGAUGGUUCCUAAGUGCUUUAAAACUGGAUCAGGUUCACCCUAAACUGACACUUUUUUUUUAACCUCUAGAAAAUACUUAACACUCCCUUGUUACAGAUGGAAUUACACACUCCUUUGGAGUGUGUGUGCUUGCAGGCCUGAUCAUUAUUAGCUCAUCAUCAUCAGUGUCACAGACCCAGAGAGGCACUUUAAAUACAGCAAAUACUGUAGCCCUAAGAGGGACUGGACUCCCAGGUCACCGCACUGAUGCACAUGCAAGCUGGCGUCAGGCUGUACCAGGGGCAGCUUUCGUCUUAGCAUGGUACCCAGAAAAGGUUGGACGUCAGCAAACAGGAAAGCAGUGUCUUGGGGCUCGUGACCCUGACUUGGUCUGUUACCCCAGUCACAAAGCCCUCUCUGCACCUGGCCACUUUGCUGGGAAAUCAGGGGCUGGUGAACCCUGACCUCACUUAGACCCAGGUAGCCGAGCCCUGAUGCUCACUCACCAAGAAAGACCACAGGUCCACCAACUCCAUCAGAACUGUGGCAAGGGCCAUCAAUACUUCUGUAACCACGUUUCCAUUUCAAAAGUAAAAAACCUGAGGCCCAGAGAGGGGAAGUAACUCACCCAUAGCCACACAGCAAGAACCUAGACAGCCAGAAACGGACUGGUUCCCACAGUCUUCAGGUGAUACCAGGUUUAUUAGAGCAAACCUCCUCACACUUUCCUUCCCAGGAAGAAUGAACAGGGCUCGACGAUGGAGCACUUGCCUAGCAGGUGUAAGUCCUGAGUUCCACGGCCUGAAUUGAAGAGGGAUUGGGGGAGAGCUGUUUGCUACGAAUGUGGGCGUGUUUCCUGAUAAAUACUGGGGAGGGUCAAACUUCAAUACCUGGAUGGGGGGGGGCAGGGUGGGAACCUGACUGUGUUUUUAACGACAAUGACACUGUGGAUUGCUUGUUGUGUAACAUUUUUUUUUUUAACAGAGGGGACUGAUAUUUUUAUUACUUUCAUAUGAAUAUAGCUGCAAUAUGACUAGCCACUUCUGGGCGCUUUUCAGACGUAGCUUCUUUUGCUUAAAAUGGGGGCAGACACCUGCUACUGGGAUGUGUCCUAGCCAGUUAUCAAAGAGAGUUGGAAGGUGUCCCUGGAGAGGUGUAUCAGGACUUUUUGUAUAGAGUGUGUGUGUGUGUAUGUAUGUAUGUAUGUGCACAGAUACAUAUGUAUGUGUGUUUGUAUGUGAA